CAAGCCAACGGGUCCACAAAAUGAAGUCACAAGUGAAGACCCAGAGCAAUCCAGCCACUCCAGCUCCAACGGCCCAGAGAAAGCCAGGGGCCUCAUGGAAACAGACUCUUCCACCAGUGAAAGAGGAAGACCCUAGGGUGAAAUGCAGAGACUGUGGAGCCUUUGGCCACAUUGCAAGAAACAGAAGGUGUCCCAUUAAGCGGGGCCUUUUCCUCCUAGUUGCACAGCCUCUGGGAGCCAAGAAGGAGAAAGAGAACAUGGAUCCUUGCAGGCCUAAGGGUCUACAGAAACUCAGUCAAGCUGCCAGACAGAGGUGUGAUGAGCAGCAGAGAAAGACAACCUUCCAGAAAUUUCCAACAGAGCUGCAAUGGAGUAACCAGCAGGGCAGCUUGGCUCAGCCACAGAUGUCAAUCAUUCCUGGCUACAGGAAGAUGUCUGAGCCACCAGUUGAAAUGGCUCUUGGAAAGCAGAUGUGCCCUGAGAAGCCUGCCCUUCAAAGCUUGGACAGCCCCUUCAUCUUACAUUCCAGACAGAAGGAAGGUCACAACAUGACUGUCCCCAGUGUUGCCAAGCCACUGUUUACACAGGAUGGCAGAAAAACAGCCUCAGAAAACCUACUGGAUCAAAAGCUACAGGAUAUCUCGCAUCAAAACCCUGUUGCCGUCCCCAAAAGGAAAGCAAUUAGUGAACUGUUUCACAAAGAGUCAAAGACCCAGGGUCCCAGUAAGAAAAUGCAACCUAGCAAGCAUCCUGUCAUCCACCAGGAUAGACAGAACCCAAAACUCAGCUGCUGGGCCCCAGAUGAGGAAACGUCCCAAUGCCCCACACAGCCAAGCCAGAAUCCCCUGAAGAAACACAGAAUUGACUCUACCAAUGCACCAGAGGAGAGCCAUGCAAGGACUGCUUCCAAGAGCACCCUGGACAUUCAGUCUUAUCCCAUUGACAACAGACUUGAACUAAAAGACGCAGCUGAAAUGAGCAAGAAAAUAACAGUCCAGGUGCCCAGCAUUGACCAACAACAGCUACAUGGCAGGGCUGCUCUGGUCUCAACCAGACCCUGUAUUGAGUCUGGCCAAGCCCUCAGAAUGAUCUUUACCAAACAUAGCCAUAAUUUCUGGAGCUCCAGGUUCCUGACAGUGCCCGCACCACUUCCCAUUGAGAAGCAAACACCUGCUUUCCAGAGCCCUGCCUUCCCUGAGGAAGGGGAGGCAGCAGGAUCCCAGGUCAAACUGAGUGUCCUCUAUGAGGACCUUCAGGUCUCGUCCUCCUCAGAGGACAGUGAUGGAGAAUAACCUGCCACCUGAAGAACAGAUGCCACCUCCUUGCUCAGACUUGCCAGAUUCUUUCAAACUGAUCAUCCCCCAACUUAACCAAGUAGCUGACAUGACUGUAUCCUAUUAAUUUGCUUCCAAAUGAGCACCCUCUAUGGUGGGUGGGAUCACAUUCCUUUCCUCUCUUUGCCACUAGCCGCACCUCAGCAUGAUUCUGGACUCUGAGGUGGGCCUCUGAGAAUCACUCUGAAGAAAAGUCACCAUUCUCUCCACUCUUGUCAUCAGUGACCUCUAGUAUGUCCUUUCAGCUACUUCAGUGUUCAAAACUAUCUGCCAGUUAUCCUAUUGUAUGAGAUUUUCUACUUUCACCAAUAAAGUUGCCCUGGAAA